ACAUCUUGUUUGAACCUGAAGCUUAAACUGCUUCAUGUAUUUGAAUACAUAGUUCAAUCGGAUGUUUUGUUAGUAUGUCGCGUAAGAGCUUGAAACUGCUGAACGAUCGACGAGUUGCGCCGUCGAUCAUUUGCUACGCGCCCACGUAAACAACCUGCAUCCUGUCUUCCUGCGUCGGCCAUGUUCAGACAACAUACCCUAGAUAUUCAGACGUAACUGUGAAUUGUGAACUCAGAUACAAACAAUGACUGACAGAGGAUACUACAACCUCCUUGGACAUUUAUCCCGAUCAUCCACCACCCUUCCAAUCUCGACCCUACAAGCCUCGAUAGCUCACUACCUCGCUCACGUUCAACCGUCGCCGACGCCCUUCGUAGCUCUCGUCAUCAGUAGCCCACUAUUUCGCGCUUUAUCAUACCCUAGACUUCAAGCCCUUUCGACUGCGUUCCGUCAUGGCGUUCACAUCAAGCUGAAGCUGCUUCAGGAGAAACCAAGCGGACUUUUCUCGCGCAGUUAUCGUGCCCGAGUGGACGAGUGGGUCCAUGCGGUCUUGAAUGGUCUUCAGGGUGGGAUGGCCAGUUUGAAAUUAGCUUGUGCUACUGGAUGUCUGCUCGGAUUGGAAGACUGGGAAACCGACUUAAAGGCGAAGGACAGCAGAAUGCGGAGAAAGGUUGAAGAGGAGGUCGUGGUUGCUCUGGCUGAAGUGCUCGAGAUGUAUCCCUAUCUCAGUUCUGCUGUGCAUUGGGAGACUGAGUUCAAGCACACAGCAACAGAAGAUGACGCUAUCACAACUGCACUGUUGAUUGCUUCCCCUUGCAUACCGCUGAUAUCGCAUCAUAGACUCAAGGCGCUGCAGCUGCAGACUGUAUGUGGCAGCGUCCUUGCUACAAUUACUGCCGCCUUCCAAAGGGGUACCUUCUUGUCCAGCCUAGGAGCUUCGAUUUCUCAAACAGCCGAUGGAAUCCUCUCGAUCGACGCAUCCUCGAUGUUGGCCAAGACGAUUCGUGAGAUGGCAACAUCACCGAUCAUGAAUUCGAUGGCCCCCCUCUCUAGGACUUGUGCGUUGACAUUGAGUAUUCUUGUGGAAUCACAGCCGAAAGAGGGAUGGAUUGUUAUCACGGAAACUAUGGAGAAGCUCACAGCGCUUUCGAGAACAGUGGAAACUGACUGGAUUCGAAGUCCAUUGGCUAGUGUGGUUGAGGAGAGUGGAAUUGCUCCGGAUUCUCGUGAGCUUGCCGCGACGCUCUGGAACAACCUCAAGACACUCCUUUUCAUGAACAUAAUGAUUGUCCAAUCAAUACUAACCACGCUAGUGUAUACUUCUCAACCCUCUCUGUCUUCUUCGGACACCUCUAUGCGCUCACCUGCACCUUCAUCCUACUCCUUCGCGUUAACCGCACUCCAGGUAUUCUCUCAUCUCUCUUUCGUGCUACCACAAUUUGGCGGUGUUACAUCUACGGCACAAGGAGGGUUUUCUGAGUUGAAGAAAGUGUUCUACACUGCACUUGACGUCAUUUCGGCAGACAAGCAGGAAAGUGAACGGUUUGUCCAUGAGUUGAGUAGCAUUGAGCUUCGUGCUAAGACCACUGAGUUACCUGUGCACGUUCACCACGCGAAGAAAGCCUACUCCCUGGCUUGUAUCGAACAACUGGUUCCCGUGUUGAGCGACGAGUGUAUUCGAACAGAUGUGUAUCCUAUGUGUAAUCCACACCUGUCAGACUCGACCCAUCGAGAAACCUAUGAGUCCGCGCAUUCAGUGAUGCUCGCGAUCUUUGCCUCUCAUGCACGAAAGGCCGCUGGAGGAUAUAUUUCGGAACCUUUCGCGGAGCAGAUCGUGCCGUUCUAUGCUCAGUGUCUGCUCGAUAACUCUGCAGAUGGGCAGUUGAGCACGACGCAGCUCUGUCUUGCAUACGCCGCCCUGGUUCGAAGUGCUGGUGCCUUCGGAACCCAGAAGGAGUCAAACCAUGAAUCUGGGGAUGCCUUUACAUGGUACUGUCUUCAAGCCCUUCUCGAUCGCAUUCAUUCUAUAUCGACGCAACGGCCCCGUUCUGAUCAUCUUCAUCGUCUUCACCUCACGCUCGUUGCGACUGUACCUUCUGUUUCCCUCACCCUCCUACCCAGACUUCUUGACGAGAUACAGACCGUCAUGCGGAACACCACGGAGUCAUCGCGUCGAGAAGAGCUCGUUCAUGCACUGUUCAAGGAGCUUCUGGAAAAUGUUGGUGACCAAGAGAAGGAGUAUGUGAUGCGAUGGUGGUAUGAGCAUCAAGAAGAGUUCGGUGUUGUUCGGACCCAGGCUCAGAGGCAUAACGUUGCCACCGACGUGCCCGAGCAUGACGUUCAGCCUGACCUUGUAUCUCAUUUGUAACAGAGUAUCAGUUUAUCCGUUGUCGGAUCCCUGUGGGUCGAAAGCACGGACGUUCAGUAUGUCGUAUGAACUAGGCUCUUGCGUACCUUGGGCGAAACGGAUUUGACUGACCUGGAUUCUUGGUAUUUACUCGGAAGCUGAAGGUGAAACUGUCAGGUGUGGUGGGUUCAAUCGUUGUACGAUCAAAGACUACUGAAUUGACGAGUUAUUAGUCUUCUUCACAGACCCACCAUGAAAGACAGUCAUUCAUAACGAGUUGUACACUGCUGUACAGUACGAUAGACUUGUCUGACACUCUUCAACUUUGGUUACGUCAUGUUUCCAAUGGCCACUGGCAAAGCAGAUCGCCUUCGGCCGAUCGACUACACGUACCAGUGUCUACAUGCUGAACAUUGAGGCAUUUCUGCCAAGUCUAGAAGCACAUGUGUUUCCUCAUAUGAUCAACCGAGGGAUGUCGACGCUACUUUCGUAAGU